GAAUUCUGGUUUUGAGUGUCCUCUGAAUCCAUUAAGAUUUGAUAAUUUGCAAGGGUGUGGCGUUAGGUUGUGGUGGAUAUGUUUGGUGUGAUUGGUAUCUCUGGUGGAUAGAUCAGGGCAACAGCGUGUGCUGGAGCGGUUUUGUGGACCGAUACGUGUGUGAUUUCGUCAGGAUGGCUUGGAGGCUGGCUGUCGUAGGGAUUACGUUUUUUCUAUUGGCAAAACAGCUAGCUCUAAAUUUCAAGAAGAAGAGGGCAGAAUCUGAUGAAGAUGAAGAUGUAGUCGACUAUAAUUUUUUGACUGUGGCUGCCAAGGAGGCUGACAUGGCGAUGCGUAAGGAGGAGGGAGGUCCUUUUGGUGCAGUAAUUGUUCGUGACGGGGAAAUUGUUGCCCAAGCCCACAAUGAAGUUUUGAAACAGAAGGAUCCCACUGCACAUGCAGAAAUUGUUGCCAUCCAAAAGGCUUGUAAAAAGCUUGGAAAGAUUGAGCUGUCGGAUUGCGUAAUAUAUUCAUCUUGUGAGCCUUGUCCCAUGUCCUUCGCCGCCAUGUACUUGGCCAGGUUGCCGAGGUUGGUGUACGGCGCACAAGCUGAAGCUGCCCAUGACCUUGGAUUUGACAGUUCUCACAUUGCAGAUGCCAUUCGAGGAACCUCACAAUUCCAGAAAACAAACUGCACUGUGAAGAGAAUCGUGCACCCUGAGGUUUGCAAGGUGUUCUGGAAAAACAGAACCAAAGUCCGGAUCUAUUGAGCCCUUCCUUCCAGGUCUUAUUGUUUCAGGUAUAGACGUUUGUUUCUAGUAUCAGAUCGUAUUUGUGGAGAUUUCUCUCUUGUACGCAAUUGAUCAACUCCGUCGUCAGAUCCUAGACUUUCCAGAUCUCUUGCUGCAAAGAAGUGGAAAUUAUUGCAAUUAUGUAAGGGUUAAUAGAAUUUUUUCCCUUGCAAUGACAUUCUAGUUUGUUAGAAGCCUCUUGAACUCAUUCAUAAAUCUUAUUAAUUUUGCUAAUAUCUGUGUUCUCAACGUGAGAGUUGACCAAAUCGACCAGAAUCAAAAUGUUCUUCUACGUUAUUACUUUCUAAUUCCAAGGUUUGAGCAGAUAUUCGGUGAUA